AUGGUGAGGAGAAUAGUCUUUGAGUCUGUUUUGAGUUUGGAUGAAAGAAAACUAGCAGAGGAAGCAAAACAGAGAACCCUGAACAUCCUUACCGAUGCUCUGAAGAAAAAAGACCAUCUCUUGGUGGAGAAACCAGAAGACCUGAGUGAAUUAAGUCGGCAUCUUCCACUCAUUCCAAUCAUUAGUGCUAAUCUCGUUCAACAGCUCAUCGAUGAACUCCAGAAAGUGUCAUUUAAGAAGAAUAUAAGUCCAAGAAAUGACAGAACCGUAGCUUACGUCUACAGUAACUUGAGCGACAGAGUCAUUUAUUUGUGUCCAUUGUUUUGGAAACAAUCAGAAUUCUUAGACAUCAAUUCUCGCCUUGGAACUUUAAUACACGAGGUUGCUCAUUUUCUGGGGUAUGAUGAUUCUGUUCCUAAAUCUUUGACAGAUAAAACUGGGGACAUAACCCUAAACAAUGAAACAGUCAAGCUCACUACAUAUGACAUUGAGCUUGCAUUUGGAUUGUUCAUGUCACAUCGUGGAACCUACACAGACGGUGCGUAUUCAUGCUGCGGAGAGAAGUCCAGGGACUCGGUCUGUGAACAUUCUUUGAUGAGCUACGUGAUCAGGUAUUUCAGACAAAAUGUCAUUAUCACUUUGUAUCAUAAGGGUUCACCAACUUAUCCGAUCGCAAAUUGUAGACCAAGCAUGUCAAACUUGCGGCCCACAAUAAAUCUCUUUGCAGCCCGGCGAGCUGCUAGUUUGACAUGCUUACUAAGGCAGAGUAGGCACUUGCUCUCCUUAUAUUGUAGGUGCCUAUUCUGCUAAAAUUUACCCGCCCAGGGAGGAGAGGUCGCUAGCGGCAGCGAGGGAGCUCAGUCUUCCUGCUCCUCACUGCUCCCUCGCACGCCCCUCUGUGGUGAUGCCGAGUGCCGUCAUUCCGGCCCGGCAUCACUAAACUGCGCAUGUUAGGAAGUAGUGAGGAGCAGGUAGGAGACCUCCUGAGAGAAGAUUUCCACCGGACCCCAUGGAGAGGCCCCAUACAAGCUCCCAUAGGUAGGGAACAAUAAAUAAAAUUAUGUGAGUGUGUGCAAGAAUAUGUAAAUGCGUGUGUUUGUGUGUGUGAUUGUGUGUGUGUGUGUGUCUGUCAGUGAGUGUGUCUGUGUGCCUGUCAGUGUGUGUGUGUGUCUGUCAGAGAGUGUGUGUGUGUCUGUCAGAGAGUGUGUCUGUCAGAGAGUGUGUGUCUGUGUGUCUGUCAGUGUGUUUGUCUUUCGGUGUGAGUGUCUGUCAGUGUGUGUGUCUGUCAGUGAGUGUGUCAGUGAGUGAUAGUCUGUCAAAGUGAUUGGUGCGUUUGUCAGUGAGUGUGUGUUGGUCAGUUUUGCUAUGGUCACGGCUGGACAGUGGAGGACCUGGAGGUGCACGGAGGCACAUAAAGCCACGUCACAUUCCGACGUGACGUCAAUGUGCUCCACCUUCACAGGGUUUCAAGGAGUAGCGGGAGGAUCCUCUUUGGCACAGGGUGUGGACAGGGUCAUUGGGAGUAUACCAAAGGCUGAUCUCUGAAUGUGUAAUGUGUGUGUGUGUCUGCCAGUGUGUGUGUCUGUCAGUGAGUGUGUCUGUGUGUCUGUCAUUGUGUGUGUACCUGUCAGUAUGUGUAGGGGCGUACCUAGAGCAUGUGGCACCCGGGGCGGGUCCGGGGUUUGGCACCCCCCUGCCCCUCCCCCCUCCAUAAAACAAAACAAAAAACAACUUCUACAUUUUUAGAAAAGUGUUCUUUUUUUAAAUUUUUUUUUUUUAAAUUUUACAUCUUUUUUUACAUUUUUUUUAAAUGUAUUGGACAAGUUUGUAAACUUUUUAAAACCCCUACCCCCUUCUACAAAAUCCCUGCACCCCCUCACACACAGUUACACAGUUACAGGCACACAGUUACAAGCAGACAGUCACACGCACACAGUCACAUGCAGACAGUCACACAUAUAGUCACAGGCAAUCAUACAUACAGUUACAGGUAGAGAGUUACACACACACAGUCAGUUACAAGCAGUAACACAUAGUUAUGCACACUGUUACAGGCAGACAGUCACAUAUACAGUCACACACACAGUCACAGGCAGACAGUCAUAUACAUAGUUACAGCCACACACACAGUUACAGGCAGCUAGUCACACGCACACAGUUGCAGACAGUUACACACACAGUAUGUUACAGACAGUCACGCACACAGUUACAUGCAGACAGUCAAACACACACACAGUCACAGACAGCAUCACACAGUCACAGGCAGACUGUCACACAUAGUCACAGGCAGUCACACACACACAGUCACAGGCAUGCAGUCACACACACACACAAUUACAGGAAGACAGUCACACACACACACAAUUACAGGAAGACAGUUACACACACACGCAGUUACAGGCAGACUGUUACACACACACACACACACACACAGUUACAGGCAGACAGUUAUGCACACACACACAGUUACAGGCAGACCAUUACAGACACACACACACACACAGUUACAGGUAGACAGUUACGCACACACACACACACAGUUACAGGGUCAGGCAGACAGUUACACACACACACACACACACAGUUACAGGCAGACAGUUACACACACUCUCUUACUUACAGACAGUGUGGGCUGGAGGAGUGAAUUCAUUGAAGUCCUUCCCUUGGAGCCUGUUAGGUGGAGGAGCAGGGAUUUCUUCUUGCUGCACCUCCAUGUGCAGCAGUUACAGCAGCGCCCCCGCUCUCGGAUAGGCUCUGCCCCUAAAUGGCCGUAGCUCCACCCCCUUCUUCCUUCCGUGCGGCCAGUUCAGCUUUCUGGUCUCUCCAUGUGAGUUGUGCGACACCCCAGCUGCCAUGGGGUGCAGCUCACAUGUCCCCCAUUAGCCUUCAGACCACCCCCCUACCAGGUCGCCCCCCCCCUUAGUCCGCCACUGAAUAUGUGUGUGUGUCUGUCAGAGAGUGUAUGUGUCUGUCAGAGAGUGUCUGUCAGUGAGUGAGUGUGUGUGUGUGUGUUUGUCAGUCAGCGAGUGUGUGUCUGUCAGUCAGUGAGUGUGUGUCUGACAAAGUGAGUGUGUGUGUCUGUCAGUGAGUGUGUCUGUUAGUGAGUGAGUGUGUGUCUGACAGUGUGUGUGUGUGUCUGUCAGUGAGUGUGUGUUGGUCAGUGUUGCGAUGGCUGCAGCUGGACAGUGGAGGACCUGGAGUUGCACGGAGGCACAUAACGCCACGUCACAUUCCAACGUGAUGUCAACAUGCUCCAUCUUCACAGGGUUUCAAGUAGUAACAUGAGGAUCCGCUUUGGCACAGGGUGUGGAAAGUGCCAUUUGGGGUAUACCAGAGGCUGGACUCCGGAGUUGCAUACUGGCAGUGGCAAUGUGAGUGGAGUUUGCUUGUUGGCUAAUAUUGUUUUGUUUGUAAACAAGGGCCAGGGUUUAGUAGAGGGGAGUGCUGGGAUUUAGUAGAGAGAGUGGGACUGUUUUUUAUUGUACUGUACUUUUCAAAACAAACCUACAUUCCCAUGAAAAUGUAAGGUGUUUUUUUUUUUUUGCGGCCCACAUACACUUAAACCUUUUUUAUUUGGCCCAUGCUAGCCUUUGAGUGUGACAUGCUUCCUGUAGACAUUCUGAAACCAAAUACUUACAGGGUUAUUCACUAAAUUUCAUAUUUAAGGCCAAAACUGAAAGCAAAGCUAACUUGGAGACAUUUUUUUCAGUUGGCUAUUUUCCCCUAAAAUUUUUAAUUCACUGUAAAUUCUCGAUAUCUCUCAGUUUAGUGAAUCCUCUGUUAUUUAAAUUCAAAAUGUCCAGUGCCAAUCAGAUUCUAUCCACUAAAGUGUAAAUUGCCAGGAAUUCAAAGCAUAAUUAAAAUGUGCAAAAGUCAAGUUCUUGACUUUUGUCUAAUCACAGUUCUAACCUUCACAUGUCCCUUUUAAUAUUACAAAGGUUCUCUGCUUUAGCAACAAUCAGAGGUGACGGGCAAUCUAUGGUCAGUGUCCUUUAUCAAGGAUCUUAUUUAAAAAAUCUUAUUUAACAAAAAAAAGUUUCCUUUUCCAUCCUCCUUUAAUCUUUUUGUUCUAUAUUUGAAUGGCCAAGGAGAAUAUCAGAUGAAUCUGUUUUGAGUGAAGAUGAGCAGAAACAGGCAGAAGAAGCAAAACAAAGAACUCUGUUCAUCCUUACCGAUGCUCUGAAGAAAAAAGACCAUCUCUUGGUGGAGAAACCAGAAGACCUGAGUGAAUUAAGUCGGCAUCUUCCACUCAUUCCAAUCAUUAGUGCUAAUCUCGUUCAACAGCUCAUCGAUGAACUCCAGAAAGUGUCAUUUAAGAAGAAUAUAAGUCCAAGAAAUGACAGAACCGUAGCUUACGUCUAUAGUAGCUUAAGCGACAGAGUCAUUUAUUUGUGUCCAUUGUUUUGGAAACAAUCAGAAUUCUUAGACAUCAAUUCUCGCCCUGGAACUUUAAUACACGAGGUUGCUCAUUUUCUGGGGUACGAUGAUUCUGUUCCUAAAUCUUUGACAGAUAAAACAGGGAACAUAAUCCUAAACAAUGAAACAGUCAAGCUCACUACAUAUAACAUUGAGCUUGCAUUUGGAUUGUUCAUGUCACAUUGCGGAACCUACACAGACGGUGCGUAUUCAUGCUGCGGAGAGAAGUCCAGGGACUCGGUCUGUGAACAUUCUUUGAUGAGCUCCAUGAUCAGGUAUUUCAGACUAAAUGUCAUUAUCUCUUUAUAUCAUAAGGGUUCACCAAUGUAUCCAAUAACAAAUUGUAGACAUUCUGAAUCCAAAUACUUACAGGGUUAUUCACUGAAUUUCAUAUUUAAGGCCAAAACUAAAAGCAAAUCUGACUUGGAGACAUUUUUUUCAGUUUGGCUAUUUUCAUUCUACAUUAAAAAUUUACUGUGAAUUCUCGAUAUCAUUUUAGGGAAUCCUUUGUUAAUUUAGAUUCAAAAUGUCCAGUGCCAAGCAGAUUAUAUCCACUAAAGUGUAAAUUGCCAGGAAUUCAAAGUAAAAUUUAAAUUUGCAAAAAUCAAGUCCUUGACUUUUGUCUAAUCUCAUUUCUAGCCUUCGCAUGUCCCUUUUAAUAUUACAAACUUUCUCUGCUUUGGCACUUAUCAGAAGUGAUGGGCUGUUGUUGUGGCAAUCUAUGGUCAGUGUCCUUUAUCAGAGAUCUUAAUUAACAAAAAAACAUUUCCUUUUCCAUCCUCCUUUCAUCUUUUUGUUCUAUAUCUGAACGGCCAUGGAGAAUAUCAGAUGAAUCUGUUUUGAGUGAGGAUGAGCAGAAACAGGCAGAGGAAGCAAAACGGAGAACCCUUAAUAUCCUGACUGAUGCUCUAAACAAAAAAGACCAUCUCUUGGUAGAGAAACCAGAAGAGCUGAGUGAAUUAAGUCGGCAUCUUCCAAUCAUUAGUCCAAAUCUCGUUCAACAGCUCAUCGAUGAACUCCAGAAAGUGUCAUUUAAGAAGAAUAUAAGUCUAAGAAAUGACAGAACCGUAGCUUACGUCUACAGUAACUUGAGUGACAGAGUAAUUUAUUUGUGUCCAUUGUUUUGGAAACAAUCAGAAUUCUUAGACAUCAAUUCUCGCCCUGGAACUUUAAUACACGAGGUUGCUCAUUUUCUGGGGUACGAUGAUUCUGUUCCUAAAUCCUUGACAGAUAAAACAGGGAACAUAAUCCUAAACAAUGAAACAGUCAAGCUCACUACAUAUGACAUUGAGCUUGCAUUUGGAUUGUUCAUGUCACAUUGCGGAACCUACACAGACGGUGCGUAUUCAUGCUGCGGAGAGAAGUCCAGGGACUCGGUCUGUGAACAUUCUUUGAUGAGCUCCAUGAUCAGGUAUUUCAGACUAAAUGUCAUUAUCUCUUUAUAUCGUAAGACUUCGCCAACUUAUCCCAAAGCAAAUUGUAGACAUUCUGAAUCCAAAUACUUACAGGGUUAUUCACUGAAUGUUAUAUUUAAGGCCAAAACUGAAAGCAAAACUUAAAUUUAAAAUUCACUUUGAAUUCUCGACAUCUCUCAGUUUAGUGAAUACUCUGUAAUUUAGAUUUAAAAUGUCCAGUGCCGAGUAGAUUCUAUUCUCUAAAGUGUAAAUUGCCAGGAAGUCAAGGCAAAAUUCAAAUUUACAAAAAAACAAGUCCUUGAUUUUCGUAUAAUCACUGUUCUAGCCGUCGAAUGUCCAUUUUAAUAUUACAAACUUUCUCUGCCUUAGCAACAAUCAGAGGUGACGGGCUGUUGUUGUGGCAAUCUAUGGUCAGUGUCCUUUAUCAGGGAUCUUAAAAAAAUAAGUUUCCUUUUCCAUCCUCCUUUCAUCUUUUUGUUAUUACGUUCAGGUGUAAAUUUUCAAUAUUUUUCCUUAUUUUUGUUUUCCUCUUCAAAGAAUGUUGUAGUAAAUUGAAAACCAAACUGCAAAAUAAGGGCAGAAAGUUCUGAUUUGAAAACAGUUCUAUAACUCAACUACAAUCACACCUUGGCUAUAUUAAAAUUAAUCUUUUUAACAAUUCAGUUUUCAAUUGACUAAAUUCAAUUUUGGAUAAUUCUGGACAAUUCUGGGCAAAUCACGGUUUAUUGAAUAACCCAUCAUGGAAUAUGCCAUAUAUUACCAUAGUAAUACAGGUUGACAAUUGACUCCAUAUACAAGUCUGGGUAAUAAUUCACUGAAUGCACAAAUGGCCACUCCUAAAUCUAUAACAUUAACACAUUUGAGUUUUUAAAAUGCAAUACCUAAUAGUAGUAAUUUAGAAUGAGUAUUUAUAUGGCCAGUAUUUAUGUGGCCAGGGAACUGCAUUUUUUUAUAACAAAAAUAUGAUAUUUAAAGGAAAUGUGAAAAUUAAAAUUGACAUCUUUUUAUUAUUCUUAGAUUGGACCCACUGAUGAUUUUUCAUGAACUUAUGAAGACUUUACCGGACUCUGUUAGAGCAAUACGUAGCGACAUUGAAGGCUUACAUAUUGACAAAUGA